UUUCCAGAUUCAGCUUCUUUGCUUCUUCUUUCUCUGUUCUUUCGAAUCAGUCUAUCCAGCUCUGCCAUCUUUCAGGUGCUCUUGUUCUUCUUCCCUUUCUUUCGUUUUUUUCUUAGUCUUCCUCCUCUCCGUUCUUCGAUGGUUUCUUCGUCACCGGCGACGUCUCUACUGUCGGUGGUGUCCACAACCUCAUAGAGCGUGAGCCUUCGCUCGGUCGCUCGGGCUCCUUGGCGAUUCCGUAUCUGCGCUCAAGAUGGACGUUCUUUGGCGUUGAUUCCAAUUUCGACGGCGCGAGAGAUUCAACGGCUGUUAACGGGAGCCGAUCGGCGAGGUUGAUUUGGUAUAGUGGAAGAAAGAUAUCCACAACCUCAUAGAGAGUGAGUCAUCCUUCGGCCGCUCGCGCUCCUUGGCGACUCCGUGUCUCCGGUUAAAAUGGAUGUUCUUUGGGGUGGAUCCCGAUCUCGAAGGCGGGACAGAUUCAACGGCUGUUAAACGGAGCCGAUCGGCGAGGUGGUUCUGGUCCUUUUUCAGGUGGCACAGGAACUACAGGUCGCACAAGAGGAGUUUUUAUGAUAAAUUCAAUCACUAUUUUAGGACAGUCCAAAUGUAACUGUGCAGUUAGGGUUGAAAUUGGAGAAAUUCAUAAGCAAGAAAAAGAUGCAUCAAGGAGCACAACCAUCAAAUGGUAAUAAGUACAUUUAUUUUGAAUACAAAUCUGGGAUGGACAAUGGGAAAACAGCUUCUUCUUCAGAUCGAGAAAGCCAGUUCAGUGCUCCGGAGGAUGAAGAUGAGCCUCAUCCAAAUUUGUUAAGGAGGACAACUAUUGGAAAUGGUCCUCCAGAAUCAAUAUUUUACUGAGCAACUUCAUCUCGAAUAGGUGUUCAACAUCUCUAAUGGUGGCUAGGUACUGGGUGGACACUGGUUAGCUGCUGGUGUCCGAGAAAAUUCCUUACUAGCAGCAACUUAUUGAGCAAAUUCAUCUCGAAUAGGUGUUCAAGAUCUCUAUUAGUGGCUAGGUACUGGGUGGACACUGAUUAGCUGCUGGUUUCCGAGAAAAAUUUUUACUAGCAGCAAGUUGAGACCAGAGUGCAGAGUGCAGAACUUUUUGGAAACUGUUUUGUUGUGUUAUUGAGUUUCCUCUAGUGUGUUUGGUGGUUGAGCCAAUGCCUCCUCCAUUUGAUUCUAUCUCUAAGAUCCACCCUCCAAGGGAGGCAUGGAGACUUAAAGUUAGGGUACUAAGAACUUGGAUUGUUCCUUCUUUUGGAAAUCAUGAUGUUGCAAAUUCAAUGGAAAUUGUUCUUGUUGAUGGAGAUUCUAACAAAAUACAAGCAACUAUUAAGAAGCAGCUCAUAAAUAGGUUUAAAGAGAGUAUUAUUGAGGGUCAAACAUACCGAAUGUCAUAUUUUAGUGUUGUUCCAAACCAGGGCAAUUAUAGGGCAGCAGAACAUGAGUUUAAGUUGGUUUUCCUUAACCGUACAACUGUUAUUCCUGUCCCUGACGAUGGUAUCCCAAAGACAUGUUUCAGUUUCUGUCCGUUUGAUGAGCUCUUGAAUAUGACUGAAGAUUAUGUUUACUUAGUUGAUGUUAUUGGUUUGCUAACUUCUGUUGGUGAAGAGAAAGAGUAUGUGAAAGAUGCGAAAGUGAUGAAGAUGAUCGUUCUUGAGUUAUCUUCAAAAGAGUUGACAAUACGUUGUGCUUUGUUUGGGGAGUAUGUGGAUGAAGUGCAUCGUUUCUUAGGUUCUGGCUAUAUGGAGCAGCCAGUUGUUGUGAUCCAACUUGCCAAAGUUAAAUUUUUUAGGGGACAAGUUGGUCUCCAAAAUGUUAUGCAUGCUACUCGGCUGUUCUUUAAUCCAGAUUUGUCUGAAGUAGUUGAUUUCAAAAACAGUAUGAUUGACCAAGGUAUCAAUGGAACACAGCCAUUGUUUAUUGCUAAUGAGGGCAAGGUUGUUUCAUUGGAAGAUGAUUUUAUGCGGCUUACUAGAAGGUGCACUAUUGACGAACUUCAUGAUAACAACGAGGAGGGGUCUUUUGUGGUUUUUGGUUUUGUGAGAUCUAUUGUGGACGAGGGACCAUGGUGGUAUUCAGCUUGUGUUUGUGGGAAGUCAAUUCAACCUCAAGGUGGUGCAUAUUAUUGUGAUUUUUGUCAGCACUAUGUUACCAAUGUGACUCCCAGAUAUAGGAUCAAAAUAGCUGUUGAGGAUGAUAAUGGACAUGGUGUAUUUGUGUUAUUCGAUCGUGAGGCUGCUUACUUGUUGAAAAAAUCAUGUGCUGAUCUGUUUGGAGAAGUUCAAAAAGAUGCAAGUGUUGUUUGUGGAGAUAGUUAUCCUGUGAUGUUCCAACAAUUGGUGAGAAAAAAAUUGCUCCUUAAGAUAGAUACCAAGAAUGUUGGUGCGGACAAGUAUUUUGGAACUUUCCGUGUGAGAAGAGUUUGUGAUGAUGCUGCUAUUAUUUCCAUGUUUGAGUUGCCUAACUAUGAUGCGGAUGAUGAGUGUACUCCAUUGAAGGGUGGUAAGCUCGGAAAGAUCCCUUCAAGCGAGGAUGAACAUAUUGUUGACAAGAGGGAGCCCUGUGAGGUGCUUGAUGAGGGUAUCACUGCUGAUGGGAAUUGUUCAAAUAUGAAGACAGUCUGCACGCCUUUGAUUGACUUUCUGGGUGAAAAGGGUGCUGAAGUUACUGGAUUGGAUGAUAUAAGUACUGAUAUUGAUAUUGUAAAAGAGGCAGGGAAAAGAGUUGAUGAUAGUGUACUUGUUGAUGGGGAGUGCAGUCUGGAAAUUGAGAGCCUCUUGAAUUCUCCGCCCAUGGAAACUACGGGUGUACUUUCUGCUGUUCUUGAUGGAUCCCCUGUUCAUGUGAUCAAGAAAGAGGCUGUUUCCAAUCCUCCCAGGGGUAGAAAAGUUAAGAGAAAUCUGAAAAAAGCCUUUGAUGAUGUUGCCCAUGAGGAGCUUGGCCCAACUUCCAAGGUUCUCAAGAACCGUGAUGUUUGAUGUUUUAAUAUAGCUGCUGGUGUUGAUGUGAAAUAGUUUACUAAUCUAAGUAAUUAACUUAUAUUCACUGAAUCCAAUGUUUCAAUCAGAUGUGAAGAUUCUGUCUGUGUCCCAUCUAUUUUUUGAGCUGUGUCCAAAGACUAGCAUGGUUUCGUAGUACCGUUUUGUUUGUUUGUACUUUGCUAGGGAUUGUACACAGUGUCCUGUAUAAAUGAUGUGAUAUGGGCAGGUUAAGGAU